AUGAUUGUCUUUACAACAACUUCUAGUACGGUCGAAGAAUUGCGGGAAUUCAUACAUUCGGUUUCCAACCCGAACUCAACAAAGGUGAUCAAGGGUCUGGGAAAAGUAUUAGCCUUUUAUGAAAAUUCUGGAGCAGAGCGCCAGGCUCUUCAUACUCUCCAAUACACCACUUUACCAUCUGGUACCCCAAUUGACUGCCAUUAUGUACCAGACGUAUCGGCGAAGGAUCCUUCCCUUAUGCAAAAUUCCAGUUUAAAAGUCCCGAAGUCCGAAAAAAAUUGGCUUAUUAGUCCUCCAGGAUCUCCCCCAUUAGGGUGGACACCUAUUAAGGAAGAGUCCCCAAACUCCGCUCACCUUGCCCACGACCUUCAACUUCGACUUGACCAACUUGGAAACGGCAUUUUGGAGAAUGCAGAUACAGGGCCCCGUAUCGUGAUUUCUGAUGCGGAUUCCUCCCGUUCCUCCCCUCAUGCCAGUUAG